GGAAGAAAAGGAACAACAGAAACACCAAAAUAUAACAACAUUACAUCAUGAAACAUUAAUGAUGUUUUAUUAACAAAUUUCAGGAGGAGCAUGUUCAGAUAAUUAACCUAAUUAUCACAGGAGGAGCACAUUCAGUUAAUCUCAAUUAACGAGAUAAAAGGACUAUAUACAGCAAACUUGCCUCUGUUCUAUGACAGUUUUCCAACAUCCCUCCACCACUCCAUCACUUCUAACUAUUCCUAUCCCAACCUGGGAUGGGGGAGUUCUUUGGGUUUGGUCAAAUAUCGAGCUCAGAGCCCUCCCCUCGGAAAGCACACCAAAUACGCAUAACCUUUAUUUAAUUAUAUAUAAGUGUGAAUUAUAUGUAACUCAUGAUUUGACUUUUUAGAAAGUUCCAGAUAUUACAAGUCUGCUUAUAUAUUUAGGUCUCUUUUAGGUCUAUGACUGAUUAGUUUUGCUAAGCAAAAAGCUUUACUAAAUUAUUAUUUGCAUCCUUCUGUCUUGAAAGACAAUGAAAUCUGCUCCUUGGGGUCUCUAGACAUUUGUUAAGUUACAGCGCCUGCUGUGACAGUAGAGCAAAAAGACAUGCAAGUGCAGAUCAUGCCUGUCUCUGUGGAUGUUGGGUCUGUUCUCUGUCGUCUGCACUCUCUCCUCUCUUCCCUCUGGUGCUCUCUACUCUUUUCACUAAUUUCGAUGCCUAGCUUGACGGCAGGCCUCCAUCUAUCACAAUCUUUGGCUGCAUCUUCCAAGUUGUCCAGAUUGAUGUUGCAUGCCUUUAGGUCUUGUUUACACACAUCUUUGUAGCGGAAUACAAGCCUACCUACUGGCCUGGAGCCAGUUGCAAGUUUGCCGAACAGCAGGUCUUUGGGCAUUUGACCGUUGCUCAUGUGGCUGACAUGACCGAGCCAAGGGCAAACAUCUCUCGGUGAGCAAAGCAUACUAGGUAUUCCUGCCAUUGCGAGAACUUUUUUUUUUUUUGGAAAGUUGUCCUGCCAGGAGAUGCCCAAAAUAUUUCUUAGAUUUCGUAGAUGGAAGACAUUGAAUCUGGGUUCUUGGAAAAAAUAUUGGGUCCAUGUUUUGCUGCUGAAGAGCAGUGUGUUAAGUAAUCUUAGUGUUGAUUGUUUACAUGGAGUUAUCCCAGAUCCCUUUUGCCAGGCAAGCCAUUGCUACUGCUGCCUUUCCGAUUCAUAUGUUCAGCUCAACGUCCAAAUCUGUACUGUAUUAAUUUAAAGGAAAUUUCCGUAUUUAUUUUUUACAAGUGUUUUACCUGUAUUUAGAAUUUUCACUUCAUUGAGUUGUGUUGUAGGGUUAACGGAAAUGUCCGUAAAAUUACUGGAUAAUGUCCUGGUAAUGAACUGCCAGUACUUUUUCCGUUAUUUUACAGUAAUAAAGGCCUUCUGAAGCGAGGCGAUGCGUUUGUGUAAAAAAAAUUAUAAAAGUAAAAUAUCUUACAAAGAAAGUGUAAAAUUCUUGCAGUUCAAAAUGCUUACACUGCGUCCUACACCUUCCCUAUUCAACUUACAGAAAAAACUUAACUGACGUGACGCCAGUUUACACUUUCUUCGUAACUUGAAUACGGAAGGCGGUCUGGCGAAAGCUCUAUAUUUUACUCAUUAUGAAAGUAUAAUGGGUGGUAAAUGACGAUUCACAAUUGGCUUUAAGUGGUUUGUCACACCAAGUGAACAUAUUUAUUUGUAUAUGCACUAUAUUGAAGUGAUCUAUGAUAUGGUGCCAUUAAACAAUAAUGUUUUCCUGUUUCCAAUGGUAACUAAAAAACCAUCAGUCAUGGUAUAUAAGGUGAGUUUAGAAGGGUUUUUUGCAAGAUACAGGAAGUGGUAACUCCUUAGACUUCCUGUGGUUCUGUACUUAAACGGAGCCCUGCACAUUUUCAUUUGGCUUUGGUUGCACUAGAUAUUUUGCUAUACUUUACACAUACAUAUUAUCAUUUCAUUAGUAUAGAUUUUCAUACACAAUGUUUACAAAUUAAUUCUUUUAUGUAUGCAUAUAUGCUAAAAUUUACAAUAUGGAUGUAUUGGCAGCAUAUACAAUGUAAAAGUAAAAAUUCUCACAAAUCCUUUAUAUUUUUAUUAUAAAUAUAUAAAUAUAUGUACUCUUUGAAUAUGUUGUUACAUUUUACUAUAAUAUAGAUAUUUUUGUGUCCCUAACACAAUCCCUAAACCUUUUUAAAUGCAGCUGUAUAUAGAAACAGCGAGAAAAGAGAUUCUUCAGAGUGCAAACACCAUAACAAUGACCAUCUUGGCCUACUUGUUGCACACCUAGUUAUGAACAUUUGCGAAACAAGUAUAAAGGUUCAUCCAACCUGCAGGUUCAGACAACCUGAAACCACUACAAACACACUAGAUGAGGUUUGACAGUGUCAAUGACCAAAGAAGGCAAACCAAGAAGAACAACCAAUAGAUACAGAGACAGAAACAAAACCAACUAACAAGUAUAAAAAGAAAUGCUAAGACACAGCACAGGUAAAAAGCACUUAUGAUCCAAGGAGGUGAAGAUACAAGUCAAGAAAUACAAGAAAAGAGAAAAACAGAGAUGAUUAACUUCAACAUUGUCGCUUCUCUCCUGCUGCUAUCGCUUAGUGUCAGCGGCACCACAAAUGGGUCUGAGCAGCAUUGUAAUCCAUGGAUCAAAGUGUCACGAAACACAGUGUUUAAAGCUCGUGUUAUGACAAUGUUGAAGAUAAACUGUACUGUGAAUCUAACUGGAUGUCACAGGAGCCCGAGAGUCUUAUGGUGCAAAAUCAUUGGAAAUGACUGUAAAGCUUUAAAUCACUCAGAUUACAUAAAAACUGAGAUGAAGAAAACAACAGAGCAUGAAUGGAUGGCUUCCCUGAUUUUCCUGAACAUCUCAAUGGAGGAUGCAGGUUUGUACAGAUGUAAAGAAGGCGAGAUGUCUGUAGGCCAUGCUAUUAAUGUCACUGUGACAUAUAAUAAGGAGGAUCAGGUUUCACACAAUCAAAGCAACACAACAGAUAAUAACAAGAAUGAGUUUUCACCCACUCCAAGCAACACAAUGUCUACAAUAUUAGGUGAUAUGAAUACAGUUCCAAAUGAUGAUCAGCAGUGGCUCUGGCCAUAUGUGUACAUCUGCACUGGAAUAGCAGAGCUGGUGUUCAUAGUUAUGACUGUAUCAUUACUUUAUGUUGUUAGACGCCAAGGGAGAAAAUCGACAAAAAAAGAUGUGUCAAAUAAAAAUCAGUACAUAAAAACACAAAGUGAUCUGCUUCUUCCUCCUCAUCUCUAUCUGAACUCAGACCUGCUGACCACUGUUAUAUAUCGAGUCUAAGAAACUAUACCUGUGACAUUUCAGAGCAGCACCAGAAAAAGAAAAUGCUUUUUUGUAUGCUUUUGAAUCUUCAGGCAAUGUCAUGUGGCCUUUGAGACUUGACUUUU